UAACCUCGGCUUUGAAUCAGCUUUGUGUGCUUUGGAACAUCGGAUUCUCAAAUUGGUGGCGCAACUUUCCUGCGCAAAUUGCCACAGAAUAUGUCAUUGACCAACACGAAGACGGGAUUUUCUGUGAAGGACAUUCUGGACCUCCCUGAUACGAAUGAUGAAGACGGGUCUGUUACAGAGGAUACAGAGGAGGAUACGGAGGGAUCAGAAGAAACAAAAACGCAUGAAGUGUUAGAGCAAAGUCCCUUACAAAAUGCUAGUAAACUGUCUUUAAAGAGUCCAUUUUAUGAUGUGCGCGAUAAUCCUUAUACAAGAUGGCUUGCCACAACGGACAGCAUUCAAUAUUCAUUACAUGGUCUGUCAGCUAAUUCUCGCCAGGACUUGUCUGCCAAAUCACCCGAAGCUUCCGCUGACGAAUCGCAAGACAACGACAAAGAAACUUCAAGCAACGCCAGUGACUCCUGCAAGAAGAGAAAAAGGAGGGUUUUGUUCUCCAAAGCUCAAACGUACGAACUUGAGCGGCGGUUCAGGCAACAGAGAUACCUUUCGGCACCUGAGAGAGAACACCUUGCUAAUUUGAUCCGUCUGACGCCGACUCAGGUGAAAAUAUGGUUUCAGAACCAUCGCUAUAAAAUGAAGAGAGCUCGGGCGGAGAAAGGGAUGGAGAUUAUACACCUCCCUUCUCCACGGCGCGUGGCUAUACCUGUCUUAGUCAAGGACGGUAAGCCUUGCCACUCCCAUAAGGCUCAGGAACUGGCUUUUCAGACUGGGAUCCCUCUCUCAGCGUACAGUGCCCAUUCCCUCCAGCAUAUGCAAUAUAAUGCGCAUUACAGUUCUGCAACAAUGGCACACUUUCCCACAGCGCAUCACUUGGUGCAACAGUGGACUUGGUGAACUAUUGAGGCGGCAAGGGGCUGCGUCAUGAAAAUUAUAGGAAGGAAAAAAGAAAGUAUUUGCAUUUUGAAGUCUGAAAAAAUAUCUGCUAUUUUAUUUAGAAACUGAUAUUACAGAAUGUUCGUCGUGAAAACUGGGUCCAGCCUAUCACUAAGAAUGUCAAUACUCGUGUAUUUUUUGGUAAAUUAUGCUAAUGUAUAAUAGGUAGGCCUACGUUUUCUUUAAUGUCACUCGUGUAUCAAGCACGCGCAACACUUUAA